UAUAAACAUCGUAUAAAAACAUCCACGAUGGAGGAGGAAAAAAAAGAGGAGACAGACAGCCAAAAGGAGGAAGAGAAACCGCCCGAGGAAGAGAAGUUACCAGAAGAAAAAAAGAAACCAGCUGAUAAAGACAAAGCGGUUGAUAAGAGCAAACCAGUUGAGAAAGGCAAAAAAGCUGCCGAUGAGAAAACAGUCGAGGAGGAGGUCAUGUUUAAAAGUAUGGAUGAUAAUUUAUCAGAAAAAGAUGAAAAUGACGAGGAUCUCUUCUGGCAAAGUAAAGUAGACAAAAUGGCUUUUGAUGACAGCACAUUUAAUACAAUGGAACAAGAAUUUCAAGCAGUCCUUCAGGAGUUGGCAUCCAACAAAACUCUUGAUAAAUUCAGAGGCGAAUAUGAUAAAUUACAUCAAGCCUUGAAGAAAUCUCAUGAAAACGAGAAAAGGUUAAUGUUGAAAUGUCGGGAGUUAAAUGCUGAGAUGAUAGCUCAAGGGGCCAAAGUAUCCCAUCUGAUGAUUUUGUCCGAAGAAGACCAAACAAACAUUGCUUCCCUUAAGAAGGAAGUGGAAAAGGCAUGGAAACUCGUCGAUCAAAACCAAGAGAAGGAACUCACCUACAAAGAAACCAUUGAUGGCCUGAAGAACGAGAUUGAGAAUAUAUCUUCGACAUUAGAUCGAGGAUCUGCAUUGGACGUUAACGAAGAACAAAAAAUGCAAGAAAUAUUCAGACUUAAAGAAGCUCAUGAAAUUGAACGAGAGGAACUGGUUUACCAAAUUUCUAACUUGCAGAGUGAGUUGUCAGAUGUUUCUGAAACCAGGAAGAUACUCGAAGAGAGAAUUGUUGAAACUGAAGAAAAAAUUACUGAACUAACGCAUGACAUUCAGGUGAAAAUCUCUGAAUCCCAGCGAGAAACACGUAAGAAGGACAAACUAGAAAGAGAAAUGAAACUAACGAAGGAGGAUUUGGAAACGGUAACGAAUGAGCUGAAACGUAUUCAAUACCUGAAAGAUAAAUACAAAGAAGAAAUCACAGAGAAAGAGAACAGCCUGGAAGAAAUGAAAGUUCACUUGGAAAGAAAUGUUCGGGAUAACAAAGUGCUUGAAACGAAGCUGCACAAGCUGGAUUCUGACUUCAAGAAUCAACUGGAAGUGGGCGAACAGCUGAACCAAGAACUUGUCUUUAAAAACCAGGAACUGAAGCAAAAAGAAGAUGAAGUAGCAAUCUUGAAACGAGAAUGCGAACGGCUGAACAAAAACAAAGACACCAUCAGCAGGAAAUUAAAAGCUCUGGAAGACACCAAAGUCGAAGGGGAGAAAGAAAAGGAGAUGCUGAAGUCCCAGAUCAAUGUUCUGGAGAAAGCCAUUGAAACAAGUAAAAAGAAUUCCGAGAAAGAAAAGAAGGAUCUGGAAGCAUUAACAAAAAACAGAGAUUUAAUAAACAAGGAUCUACGGAAAGCAAUCAGUUUGAAAGAAGAGCACGUCAAUCAGGUGAAAGCCUUGGAACAGAACAAGAAAAACCUUGAGCAAGAGAUAAGCAACCAUAAAGACGAGGCUCAGAAGCAAAGGAAGUUGAUUUAUCAGCUGGAGAAAGAAAGAGACAGAUAUAUCAAUGAAGCGAGUGACCUCACGCAUAAGGUUCUUCAAUUAAUGGAAGAAGUGAAAAUGAGGGAAAUGCAAAUAUUCGAUUUCAAGAAGAAAAUAGCCGAAGCCGAAACAAAGCUGAAACAACAACAAAACCUUUACGAAGCUGUGAGAAGUGACCGGAAUCUUUAUAGUAAACAUUUGAUUGAAUGUCAGGAUGAAAUUACAGAAAAGAAACGCAAACUGAAGAUUAUGAAUCAUCAAAUUGAUCAACUUAAAGAGGAAAUUCAAUCAAAGGAAACAGCACUUGUUCAAGAGCAGACAGCUCGAGCCAGAGUGGAGAAAGAAAAAAGCGCUUUGAAAAUUGAGCUCCAAAAUAUGAAGAUCAAAGCAAAUGAAACUGAGGCAUACAUCAACACUCAGGAGUCUGAAAAAAUAAAACUAAAGAAGAUUAUCAGAGAUGCAGAUGUUGAACGAUGCCGUCAGAAGAAGGAGUUAGAUCAGGUGAUAAGUGAACGAGAUAUUCUCGGAACUCAGCUGGUUCGGCGAAAUGAUGAAUUAGCAUUGUUGUUUGAGAAAAUUAAAAUCCAGCAGUCAACGCUGAGCAAAGGUGAGGUUCAAUACGAUCAACGUCUGGAAGAUAUACGGGUUUUGAAACUGGAAAUAAAGAAACUGAGAAGAGAGAAAAUCAUUCUUGAAAAAUCUGUGGCCAAUGUCAAUGAUCUCAGACAAGAAGUAUACGACACACAGAAGGAACUUCUACGGGAACGGACUCGUUGUAAAGCUCUUGAAGAAGAACUUGAGAAUCCUCUGAAUAUUCAUCGAUGGCGGAAACUUGAGAGCAGUGACCCAACUAUGUAUAAAAUGAUCCAACGAACACACACCCUGCAGAAACGGUUAAUCAAAAAGACUGAAGAAGUGGUCGAGAAGGAACUGUUAAUCCAAGAAAAAGAGAAGCUUUAUAUUGAGCUGAAACAUAUCUUAGCUCGACAGCCGGGGCCAGAAGUAGCUGAACAGCUUUCUAUCUAUCAACAAACUUUUAAAAGCAAGGUCAAACAAAUGAAGGUGAUGGCCUCUGAACUAACGAUGUACGAAUCCCAGGCAAGUGAAGAUAAAUAUGAGAAAGAAAGGCUUGCAAGGGAGCUGCAGGAAGUGAAGAAGAAAUAUUUCCUUCAGAAAAAGAAAGAGGAACAACAAAAGGAACGGGAACACACAUUGGCUCAGAGUGGUCUACCUUCGAUCUAUCCUCACAAACAAACCGGAAGUCGAUAUACUGGGGGAGGAUUUAAUCUGAGGCCACCAGAUAAGACUGCGGCUUAAACACAACUAAACACUGUGUACAGUUGUUUUUAUUUUUGUGUGGCUGCUGUGAUGAAAGUUAUGUCCCUUUGUUUAUAUGUAUUUGUGUAUGCAUGUGUGAGUGCACGACAAUGUCUGUGCGUCCAUGUGACAUCCUCUGUUGUUGAGGUUCCUAGCUGAGCCGGUAUCUCGAAUUCCCUUGAACAAGUCCAGUCUAAACGGUAAUUGACCCUUUAAGUAAAUCAAUGACGAAACCUAAAGGUCGAACUAGAAAAUACAACGAAAAUAAGUUAUUUCCACGUUGAACUUAUAUUAAUUUCUAACAUAAUCACAGAAGUCAUUUAAAAGAGAAGAAAAAAUGUCGGUUAUAUCAACUUCCGUACUUGCCAUAGAGGCUGACAGAUUACCAGAAUAGCCAGAAGAUUGGAUGCCUGACAGUAUUUGUUGUGGCUCUUUAUGUUCUGAGUUCAAAUUCUUUCCAGGUGUACUCUGUCUUUCAUCUUUCAUAUGUCUAUGAAAUAGAGUACCCGUCAAGUACCAGUGUCGACACAAUCAACUAUUUUCUCUCUCCAAAUUUCUAGCCUUUUGCUCAUGUAAGGAAUUUGUAAUGGCAAAAUUAAUAAAACGCUGGGCAAAAUGCCUGGUAGUUUUUAUCAAUGUCCCUUUAUAUUGUAAUUUGAAGCCCCUCUUGUAUUGAUUUCUGUUCUCAUCGUUCCGGUGUCGCUAAAAUAAGCACAAAUCAAACAAUAGCUGUGUUGCUAUAACGAAUUGUAUUCCUUCCUUUAAAGGCAAACAAGCUGGCAGAAACAUUAGCAUCUCAGACAAAAUGCUUAGUGACAUUUCUUUCAGCUCUUUAUGUUCUAAGUUCAGAUCCCAUCGAGCUCAACUUUGCCUUUAAUUCUUUCGGGGUCGAUGUCAAAUACUGGGGUCAAUGCAAUCGAUUUGCCCCCUCCCCUCAAAAACUGCUGGCCUGGAGAUCAGUUAGAGACUCCACAAACUGAGGAUCGUACCGUCACGUGUGUGUGUGUGUUUGUGUGUUUGUGUGUGGUUUGUGUGUUGUGUGUGUGUGUGUGUAUGAUGUGCUUAUACGUUUAUCUACUUCUGUAAGUGUGAGAAUAAAGCAAAACCUGUGAGAUAA